AUUUGGCACGCGCAAAUAACCGAGGAAGAAAAGCACCCAGUGUCGAGCCGACAUUAAAACUGUAAACAUUAGCGAUCUGGGCGGCUUUAACGUGUCGUGAGGAUGGAAAUAUAAGAUUAACGUCAAGGUGUGAGACCAAACAUUGUUCUUCAGUGCAUGGAUGCAAAGCCAAUGCGCAGGGUCACCAGCGCACGCCAAGACGCCACUGGAAUGGACAUCACCAGCCGCUGUACUCUGGGGGACCCCAACAAACUGCCAGAAGGGGUCCCCCAGCCUGCACGCAUGCCCUACGUCUCAGACAAACACCCGCGGCAGACCCUGGAGGUGAUCAACCUGCUGAGGAAACACCGUGAGCUCUGUGACGUGGUGCUGGUGGUGGGGGCCAAGAAGAUUUAUGCCCAUCGUGUCAUCCUCUCUGCCUGCAGCCCCUACUUCAGGGCAAUGUUUACUGGUGAGCUGGCAGAAAGCAGGCAGACUGAGGUGGUUAUCCGUGACAUCGAUGAGAGGGCUAUGGAGCUGCUCAUUGACUUUGCCUACACCUCCCAGGUCACUGUAGAGGAGGGGAAUGUGCAGACACUGCUCCCUGCUGCCUGCCUCCUCCAGCUGGCUGAGAUCCAGGAGGCCUGCUGCGAGUUCCUCAAGAGGCAGCUAGAUCCUUCCAAUUGUUUGGGCAUCAGGGCCUUCGCCGACACACACUCCUGCCGUGAGCUGCUCCGCAUUGCAGACAAGUUCACCCAGCACAAUUUUCAAGAGGUCAUGGAAAGCGAAGAGUUCAUGCUGCUGCCAGCAAACCAGCUGAUUGACAUCAUUUCCAGCGAUGAGCUCAACGUGCGGAGCGAGGAGCAGGUUUUCAAUGCUGUGAUGGCCUGGGUGAAAUACAGCAUACAGGAACGCAGACCGCAGCUGCCUCAGGUCCUGCAACAUGUCCGUCUGCCGCUGCUCAGUCCCAAGUUUCUGGUGGGCACCGUGGGUUCAGAUCCCCUCAUUAAGAGUGACGAGGAGUGCAGAGACCUUGUUGAUGAAGCUAAAAAUUACCUGCUGCUGCCACAGGAGAGACCACUAAUGCAGGGACCCAGAACACGGCCGAGGAAACCCAUCCGCUGUGGAGAGGUACUUUUUGCAGUUGGUGGCUGGUGCAGCGGAGACGCCAUUUCCAGUGUGGAGCGUUACGAUCCUCAGACCAACGAGUGGCGAAUGGUAGCAUCGAUGAGUAAGCGGAGAUGCGGAGUCGGCGUUAGUGUCCUGGAUGACUUGCUGUAUGCGGUGGGGGGUCACGAUGGCUCGUCGUAUCUCAACUCUGUGGAGAGAUAUGAUCCUAAAACAAACCAGUGGAGCAGUGACGUGGCACCGACAAGUACUUGUCGUACCAGUGUGGGCGUAGCUGUCCUCGGUGGUUAUCUGUACGCUGUAGGUGGACAGGAUGGUGUUUCCUGUCUCAACAUUGUGGAAAGAUAUGAUCCUAAGGAAAACAAAUGGACUCGUGUGGCUUCCAUGAGCACCAGACGACUGGGUGUAGCUGUGGCUGUGCUGGGGGGAUUUCUUUAUGCCGUGGGAGGUUCGGAUGGAACGUCACCAUUAAAUACAGUGGAGCGUUACAACCCUCAAGAGAACCGCUGGCACACCGUGUCCCCAAUGGGGACCAGGAGGAAGCACCUCGGCUGUGCCGUCUACCAGGACAUGAUUUACUCUGUCGGAGGGAGGGACGACACCACAGAGCUGAGCAGUGCAGAGCGAUACAACCCCAGAACCAACCAGUGGUCUCCUGUGGUAGCCAUGACCUCUAGACGGAGCGGGGUGGGCUUGGCUGUGGUCAACGGUCAGCUGAUGGCAGUAGGAGGUUUUGAUGGGACGACGUAUCUUAAAACUAUAGAAGUCUACGACCCUGACGCCAACACAUGGAGGUUGUACGGCGGAAUGAACUAUCGUCGGCUAGGUGGCGGAGUGGGUGUCAUUAAAAUGACUCAUUGUGAAUCCCACAUAUGGUAACACCACCUCCACUACCAAACCCCCCCACACUCACAAGCUCACUUCUCAUCAUGUUGCAACAGGCGCCUCUUUUUCACCAAUCCUCGUGCCUCCAAAAGAGACGCCUUUUAAGUCAUGCAAGGAUGAGAGGAAAACAUGGGGGAAGGAGGAGGGACAAACUUUUGAACUCUUGUUCAGCGCCCGACCCCCAAACUCUGGUUGUCUUCGGUCACCAUGAAGUACACUAGGAGAGGAAAUCCGCAGAGUAUCGUUAAGCUCCCUUUUAGGAGAGGAUGCUCCUUCUCCUGUGACCUCCCCAGGUUUUCAUCCUCCCGGCUUCUCUCACCUGGGACAUUUGAAUGGAACAAAACUUGAUUGACUACGCUGCUGGUGGGAUGAUAUUUUACGUUUCUGAGGUUCUGAGAGCCUCCAUCACCUCAACUGUCUCAACAUGUCCUCCCCCAAAUUCUGGCUCGUGACAACUUGAGAUGGAUUAUUUCCUGGAAACAACAUUGCUCUCUUGUUCUGUCUCUACUUGGCUUCGGGUGAUGUCUCUGGGCCUCAUCUGUAGCAUCGAACAACAGAAUCGGUCAAGUAGUUUCACUCUGCAUUUAAACUGUUGUCAAAAGGAUUUGAUCUGUCUUCACCACCACGGGAGAUUACUUGCAGGAGAAGGAUCUGUAUAAUGAAGUCACAUUACUCAAACAGUUUCUCCUAUUGUUACUGAAUGGGACUGCUGCACUUUACAGGAGGCUACUGUAGCCGUUCGUUACCUUGGUCUUUUUACUAAAAAAAUGUCAGUUCAGUAAGUCAGAGUGUAGUUAAAGUAUGUCAACCGGUUCAUUGGAAAGAAUGUAUACACUAUCAUCCAGUCAUGUCUCAUGGUUUAUUUUUGGCUCCAGUGCUGAGAAUCCUGAAACCCUCAGUGUACUUCAAACGAACUAGGUCAUCUCACUGUGUCGAAGGGAAAACGGCAACUGUCGUCAUAACUUCACCUGACAGCAUUAUGCAGUUUUUUGUGUGGCUUUACAGUCUCGACAAGGUGAGAUAAAAGUGCAAAUAAGUAUCACGUAUACAUUAUUCAUUGAAGGUGACAUGGUGUUCGCACUUGGUUCUCUGCUUUAAAGUUCAAACCCCGCCCACGUUCACACACACACACGUGCUUAUCAGUCGGUCUGUUUUGGAAAAUUACAAAAGCUCUCCCCUUGAUUGUGCUACAGGAAAAAUGGUGGGAGACGAUGUUGGACGAACUAACAAUCAUUUAGUUUGAAGCAAACUGAGGUUCUAGCAGUGUCACAGUGUGUGUGAUAAUAUGUUGUCAGGGUAACCGCAGAGGUGAAAAAUAUGGGUUUUAGGAGCUCAAAACACUGGUGAUAGUUUUGUUAUUGAUAAGUCCCAUGAGAAGAACAACACCUAUCAUCCUUUAGUCUAUAUGCGGCUCUAAUCCCAAAUUUAUGAAUUUGUGUUGACAAUAUUAAUUUUAAAAACAGAUCAAGAACAUGUAUACUACAAUUUAAAUAAACCUUAAAUGAUCCUUAAGUAUCCGUUAAUUUUCUGGCAAACUUUAGUUAAAAAGGAGGAAAUCAUGAAUCGGGACAGGUUUCAGCUGCGGAUCAUCUACAUUUUAUGCUGUAGUUAGUAUCUCCAGUUGCAGUACUGUGUGAACCGGAUUGAGUUAAAACAACCUGCAGCUUGUGUGGCCACAGUAAUAAUGAAUAUGUAAACCAGUACAAGAGUGUGGUUCAUUGAUGUGUUUUUGGACAUGCAGGAGUAAGGUAUAUCAGGUUUUGGACACACACACACACACACACACACACAGACUUCUUCUUGGUUGGAUACAGAAACUGCUGGUGUCAGACUUUCUGUGGAAGUUGUUGAAAAGAAAGAUACACAAAAUAACCAGAUGUAUCCUUUGAAUUUAAAAACGAAUCCCUAAUGCUGCCAGUGAUCAGAUCUCUGGGAUUGUAACAUGGAAUAUAACAGAAACAUAUUGUUUUAAAAUACUGGAUAACUUUCCAUAGAAAAGUAGUCAUAGGUGAUCAAAUCACUUAGCUGUUGAUGCGUUUGAAUCUGGAGUCAGUGAUCUACUGAGAUGAGGAUGGUGUCUGAGUUUAAAAUAGGGGGGGAGCUGCUGAAGUCCACGAUGCAAGAAAGAAAAUUCAGUAUCUUGUUGAAAAUAUUAUGAGCCUGUAAAUAUUUUAUGUCACAAGUGAAGCAGUAUUUCAGCCAUUGAAGAUGCUAAUGAUAAACUGUGAUAGAAUCACCUUCUGAUGCUCAGAGGUUCAGCUCAGAAAAGUUACUAGAAACCGUUGGACUCAAGUCAUUUAUUAAUACAUAGGAUAGGGCAGAAUUAUAUAGUUGAACAGGGUUUCAUAAUUCUGUAGUUUUGUAAGAUGCGAAAUGUGAGGAUUUAAGUUUUCUUAUGACGUUCCAUAGUGGCCUUGGUAACAAAGAAAAGGGAAGUGUUGGAAUCAGACCGUUAAAUACAAUCCGGUUCACGUGAUUGGUUUAAUGUUGUGAUAUCAAAAUGUGACUCAUUUCAUGCAUCAAACAGGAACAAAAAUUAUAUCAGCCAAUGAUCAAUCUAGCAGAUGACAUUCAUCCCUUUUUCUUUAAUAGACUAAUAUAAGUAUAACUCUUAACAGUUUAUGCAUCAGCAAUAUUAUUUCGUUUAGCUCACACAACCCCUAGGUUUUGAGAGACGUCGCUUUUGUUUUACAUUCAGUCUCAUAUUUUACUUUUAUAAUGUCGUCAUAAGCAGCACGGUGCAUUGUCGCCAUCUGCUGGAGGAUAGUUAAAGUGCAGCAUUAAUAUAAAUGACUGAGCGAUCCUUUGCAGUUUUUCUAGUGGUCCCUGGUUGUAUAACUGAGUCCAGAUCAAUGUGAAACACUGUUUGGGUAGAUGGUAGAUUGGAUUUGGUUAAUCUCAUAAUUUAUUGCACUGUGGUUGAAAAUGUAUUUUAGUUUUUAUCUUUUUUUCCUAGUUGUGUUUUAUAAGGGUGUUCAACUUUUCAGACGUGAGGGGGGGAAAAGUCUAAAGUGAUAAUAUAACUUGGGGAUUUGACAUUUCAUGCCUGUAGCUGAUGUGAAUUUAUUUCAUAGAUGCAACCCUACAUGUGGCACAGGUUAUCAUAGCUCUGCACUUUAAAGUGUGUGUGUGUGUAACAAAUGCAUUAGUGCAGUUGGCUGGCUGUUGUUUUGCAUUAAGUAAGUUACACUUAACUGGUUAAUUCUGUUGUUAAUGUACAGCAACGUGGAAAAUGUAGAUUUAGUUGGGUUUAAACAUAAGAACACUGUUCUGCUGCUGAUGUAUUUGUUGUAUGCAAACCUACACAUUAAACUUAUUUAUGCUUUGGGAUGAGUUGCAGUCACAUGUCGAUUUGACAUAAUGUGGCAUCCGAUUGUGAUGAAUGUGCAGCGACCAUCAGAUUGAGGAUAAUCAUCCCUUGUUGAACAGAAUUUUAUGCAGUCUGACCAACUGGGAUGCUUAUUCUUGAAAACUCUCCCAGGUAUAUUUCUCUCCUAUUCACUGCCACAGAAUAACAAUGAAAUCCCACUCAGUGUUAUUGCUUCACAUGUUAUUGGUUUGUUCCCAUCCUGGUUAGUGUGCAGUAAAUGGUGCUGAAGAAGAAAACCUUGUUUUCAACUUUGUGACUGGAUCGUUCAGAGAAUACUAGUUAUCUACAAAUUUUCCACAAUGUUCACAACUUGAUCGUCUUCAAUUCUGUUCUAAAUUUCCUUACAACAUCUGUGGUGAUGCAUUUUUCGGUUUAUAAUGAUUGAUUCAGCUGCAGCAGAACAAAGCAGGACGACUGUACUGUAUUGAGUGACUUUUCCCUCUGUUCACGUGAGCCGCUAAUGCUGCAGUGUGUCUGCGAUAGAUGGAAAUUCAGUAGCCUAUAAUAUUUAAAUCAGUUGUUUUGAUUAGCCUCUGUUCAGAGAGUCUAAAAACAACGUGACUAAAAACAAGGAUGUGAUAGUUUUCAUGAAGCAAGCAGCCAUCUCUCUGCCGUGAUCACUACAUCAGCUCUGGACCAUGUACACGAUGACGAGAAUAAAACUUUUCCCCCUGCUAAA